GUUGACGUGUGCGGCAAUGGCUUCGUCGUCGCGCCGGCUGCUGCUGCUCGCGCUCCUCAUCGGGCUCCUCGGUGUCUUCUGGCCGCAGAUCGAAGAGGCCUUCUUCCACUCGUGCCCGUUUCUCUUCAACCGCAACGCUGCCGACGACGUCGCGCCCAUCGUUGCCGCUGCGGACCUGCCCGUCUUCACUGUCGCCACGCUCGGCGCCUUUGAUGGCACCGACGACGCCAAGCCCAUCUAUAUGGCAGUGGGCGGCAAGGUGCUGGACGUUACGAGCGGCGAGCGGUUCUACAAGAAGGGCAACGGCUACCACCAGUUUGCCGGCAAAGCUUGCACUCGUGCUUUGACGAUCGCGUCACUCGAAGCCAAGGACAUGUCGGACGACAUUUCCGACUUUACGCCCGAGCAACUCGCGGAGCUAGAGAAGACACUUGCGUUUUACCACGGCAAGUAUCCCGUGGUUGGUACGAUGGACUAUGCAUUCGAGAUCCCAUCUACAAGCGACAGCGAUAACUCAGCAGCAUCACCGGCGCCUUGAUCGUCGGCCGAAACCUUUAUGAUCACAAGCAGCUGGUCAUCAUUUUGGG